AUUCCCUGUGCGCAGAUUUAAUGGUUAAAUUGUGCGUAAAUGUUCUAUAUUUCGCUCUUGUACUGAAAAUUAUUACGUGCGUUUGCUCUCUCAGUGUACACACCCCCUGCGACGUCAUUAAAAUCCUUUCUCGCGACCUUCCACUGGAUACGCGUCACAGAAGGACCAUUUUACCCUUUAGUGAUCCCGGAAAGUCCUCCUUCAUAUCCACAAUGUCAAACUCGGAGAGUGAUUACGUCGGUAGCGUGAUCCCAGACACUGUCCUUGAGGAGACUUUGGCGACAGAGGGCAGCGAUACGACCUCCCUAAAGGCUAUACUAUCCAAGCUUCCAAGCGACUACAAGGGAAUUGUCCUCUUUCUAUUCCCAUCAGUAGGCACCCCCUACUGUACAAAACAGGCGUGCAACUUUGCUCAAUCACACAAGUCAUUUAACGACCUCGGAUACCAAGUCUACGGUCUCACUGCCAGCAGAAAAGCAAUUGCGAGCUCAUGGUCGAAAAGAAAUCAACUGACAUACACGAUCCUGUUUGACCAAAAUUCUAAAAUUGUAAAGUAUUUAAAAUGCACUUGGAUGUACUUUCUCAUCAACAGAUCACACAUUGUCAUUGGGAAGGAUGCAAGAAUAUUGGCAUUUGAAAGAGGCGUAAAUGCAGAAAAAUCCUCUUCAAGAGUUCUAGACUUGAUCAAGGGAUUAAAAUAAAUUCACAAAAGUCCUAGACCAACCUGAGAAAGGCGCACCUUCUAGGCAUUAAUGUUAAUGGAGAAU